AUGCAACCGCGCCAACUGGCCGCGCAAGUCCUCAACUUCGCUCUCGUCCUCAGCACCGCCUUCAUGCUCUGGAAAGGGCUCUCCGUCUUCACAAACUCCUCCUCGCCGAUCGUCGUCGUCCUCUCAGGGAGCAUGGAACCGGCGUUCCAACGCGGGGAUUUACUGUUUCUCUGGAAUCGGGGCAUGGAUACGCAGUUGGGCGAGGUGGUGGUGUACAAUGUCCGGGGGAAGGAUAUUCCGAUUGUGCAUCGCGUUGUGAGGAGGUUUGGGGGUGGGGGGGACGAGCCUUUGCAGUUGCUCACCAAGGGCGACAAUAACGCAGCGGACGAUACGGAGCUGUACGCGCGCGAACAGAGUUUCUUGGACAGGAGCAAGGACGUCGUGGGGAGUGUGGUCGGAUACGUGCCUUUUGUGGGAUACGUGACGAUCCUAUUGAGUGAAUACCCGUGGUUGAAGACGGCUAUGUUGGUAUUCAUGGCGUUGACGGUGGUGUUACAACGAGAAUGA